AUGGCCGAUCAAGAUCUACCAAACUGGCCAGUCCAAGCAAGUGUCGCCAACAAUCCGAAUCAAGUGGUCCACAGACCAAUUCCUCUUAUCCCUCAAUUCAUGAUCAACGGGAACCCAUUCAUGCAUCCAAACAUUCAAUUGGCUCCGACGUUCGAAGCAAAUCAACUUGUCACGUGGCAUAUGCACCAAUAUGCUCAGCUCCAACAGCAAGUGCACCAACAACAAGUACUCCAUCAUCGAAUGCUCCAACAGCAAACGCAGCAACCGCAAAAUCUCGAACUUGUCAGAAGAGGAAUAUUAAUGGCUCCAUCCGCUCCAAACGUGGCAGCUAUUUUGGGUCAAGGAGCACCAGUAGCCACAUCUCAAGCCGCUGUUCUACAAUACGACCCGAUUCAACAAAUUCUUCAACACGAUCCGAGUCUGAUUCCAUUUUUUCUUCAACUACAACUUCAAAACCAACAAGUUCAUGGAAAUGUCAAUAAUCAGGUUCUACCGGUCUCUGCUCCCUCAGCCGAGCAAUCACCAGCAAUGAGUGCCUCAGAAGUCAGCAACUCCUCGCUGUCGCCUCUUGAAGGUACCAAUGCAAUUGCUGCUUCUGGAUUAAUUGAUGAUUCUGAAGCUGAUGCUGCUUCUAGACCUAUUGAUGAUGCUGAAGCAAAUGCUGUUUCUCAAGCUAUUGUUUCUUCGGAUGCAAUUGGUACUUCUGAAGCUGAUGCUGCUCCUGAAGCUAUGGAUGCGCUUGAAGCAAUUGUUGAUUCGGAGAUUCAGUCCCCACAAGAUCCAUCUGUCAUUAAGUCGUCUUCGGAACAUCUGGCGGAGAUUGCCGUGACAAAUGGUGUCCCAAAAACAGCAUCCGAGGAGAGAGGAAACUCUAAGAAGAACCAAAAAAGGAAGGCUGAAGAAGCUGAAAUGGAAAUUCAGCUCAAUGCUGCUUACGAAGCUAGGAUGGCCGAUCAAGAUCUACCAAACUGGCCAGUCCAAGCAAGUGUCGCCAACAAUCCGAAUCAAGUGGUCCACAGACCAAUUCCUCUUAUCCCUCAAUUCAUGAUCAACGGGAACCCAUUCAUGCAUCCAAACAUUCAAUUGGCUCCGACGUUCGAAGCAAAUCAACUUGUCACGUGGCAUAUGCACCAAUAUGCUCAGCUCCAACAGCAAGUGCACCAACAACAAGUACUCCAUCAUCGAAUGCUCCAACAGCAAACGCAGCAACCGCAAAAUCUCGAACUUGUCAGAAGAGGAAUAUUAAUGGCUCCAUCCGCUCCAAACGUGGCAGCUAUUUUGGGUCAAGGAGCACCAGUAGCCACAUCUCAAGCCGCUGUUCUACAAUACGACCCGAUUCAACAAAUUCUUCAACACGAUCCGAGUCUGAUUCCAUUUUUUCUUCAACUACAACUUCAAAACCAACAAGUUCAUGGAAAUGUCAAUAAUCAGGUUCUACCGGUCUCUGCUCCCUCAGCCGAGCAAUCACCAGCAAUGAGUGCCUCAGAAGUCAGCAACUCCUCGCUGUCGCCUCUUGAAGGUACCAAUGCAAUUGCUGCUUCUGGAUUAAUUGAUGAUUCUGAAGCUGAUGCUGCUUCUAGACCUAUUGAUGAUGCUGAAGCAAAUGCUGUUUCUCAAGCUAUUGUUUCUUCGGAUGCAAUUGGUACUUCUGAAGCUGAUGCUGCUCCUGAAGCUAUGGAUGCGCUUGAAGCAAUUGUUGAUUCGGAGAUUCAGUCCCCACAAGAUCCAUCUGUCAUUAAGUCGUCUUCGGAACAUCUGGCGGAGAUUGCCGUGACAAAUGGUGUCCCAAAAACAGCAUCCGAGGAGAGAGGAAACUCUAAGAAGAACCAAAAAAGGAAGGCUGAAGAAGCUGAAAUGGAAAUUCAGCUCAAUGCUGCUUACGAAGAGCGAAAGCAAGAAACCAAAACGGGAAUGAGUUCUUUUUUGCGUGAGGAAUCUCAAAAGGUUCACAAAGAAGCGAGAAAAUCGAAGGAAACUAGAAACGAGAAGACAGAAGGCGUAGAUCGCUCGAGCAGCUCAACUCCAGUUUUGGAAAAAGCUGCGGAGGCGCCAAGAAAUGAGGAGAGUCAUGGAGACACUCUGGAGACAGCGAUGAAUUCCGAAGAGAUGAAGAUCGAGCACGGAACAGCUGCUUCUCCGGAUGAAUCGUCCACUUAUGAGAAAGCCUUUGCUCCGACCCCACCUAUUGGAAUAGACUCAGCUCCGACCCCACUGGGAGCCACGGAAGGCAAUGAAUUUUCCAUUUCUAUGGUGGACUCUGCUCCGAGCCUACCGGCAAUUGAAUUUUUACAGUAUUCAUCAAAAUUAUAUUUUUUAGGAAUAGCAAUGGAAGAGCAAGAAGAAGAAAAAACUAAUGAUGUUCAAGAGAUCAGUCAAGAUGUCGACCACACCUCAGGACAGAACAUCCAAAUGGAGAUGUUAAAAAGUGAUGGAGAUAAGGAAGAAGAAGAAGAAGAAGAGGAGGAGGACUUGAAACUGACGUCAAGAGAUUCAAGCCAGCCGAUUCCAAUUUUAGACAACAAUAUGGUAGACGAUGAUCAGGACACGAGUACAAGUCAAUCUGCAUCUAAAAAGGCCAAAAAAGUGCACAAGAACAAGAAGCGUGCUGAAGAUGCGCUUCCAGUGAAAAGAGGUAGGCCAAGAAAAGUCAAGAAAGAAGUAAGCCCGGAGAGACUGCGUAGUCCUUCAUUCGACGCCCCUAGACCCAAAAGAAGUUGCCGCGCCAAAUCUGAAGAUGUCGUUGCUCAAGAGGAAGAUGAAGUUAUUAGCGAUGAAGAACCGUCGACGAGUGAUACCUCAUAUGAGGAAUGUGGUGUUCGAUGUGCUCUCCAAAAAUACUGCUUCACCCGAUCGCCAGCAGAGGAGGUAACUCUUGAAUGGAUCGGGUGCUCGCACUGUCCUCGCUGGUAUCACGUUUUCUGCUUGAAAAUGAAAAAUGAGAAAUACACAAACGAGGAUACUGGCGACGUCCUUGACUGCUGCAACGCAGUAGUUGAUGGAAGCGAAUUUGCGAGAGCGAAAAUGGGACGUACAUUCAGAAAGUUCCACGGAUUCAAAAAGGGACGUCGUCCAGCGGUGGGGGAUGUCAAAAAACGGAAAGGCGAGUUCAAAUACUACGAUUAUAAAAAUAAAUGA